CUGCAGGUUGAUCUUGGUUGCAGAUGAGCGCAGAAUUUAUAAGCGAGAGCAAGUGAAGUGGGGGGGGGUGGGGAGUCCUGGGCAGAAGAAGUACCCAGGCCAGGCGAAUUAUGCAUACGUUAGGCAAACACUGAGAGAAUGGCUGUGGAAGCUAUCCAUUGUAGUCUGAAUCCAAAUGGUAUUGAUCACUCUGUCCAUGCAGAAGGUAUUAACCAGCAAAUUGAAGGUGAAAGCAUUGAAUCUCAAGCUGUUAAAAACAAAACUACCCAGAAGUCACCUGACCUGAAAGAAACACCCAAGCGACAACAGAUUGAGGCAGAGGCAUCUAAGUCUGGCACAGUGAAGCUGUCAAAACCAGUGGCUCUGUGGACCCAGCAGGAUGUCUGCAAAUGGCUGAAGAAACAUUGUCCAAAUCAGUAUCAGAUCUACAGUGAGUCAUUCAAACAGCAUGACAUAACUGGACGGGCACUGCUGAGACUCACUGACAAAAAGCUGGAACGAAUGGGGAUUGCCCAGGAGAACCUCCGACAGCACAUCUUGCAGCAGGUGCUUCAGCUGAAGGUUCGAGAAGAAGUCAGGAACCUUCAGUUACUCACACAAGGUACUUCACUAUUUCCCUCUGGGUGGCUUGAAUAGAGGGAGGGUAGUAAAUAAGAUUAUACGAUCAAAGAUCCAAAAAUGAAAGAUUCUUUAGUUCCCUCUAAAAGAUCCUUCACUAAAAGAUCCUAUUAUCUCAGAGAAUUUCUGAAAAAUAAGAUUCUUUUGCACCAUACCAAAAUAUCCUUCACAAAGACCUUCAGUAUUAUCUCAGAGAUCUUCUGAAAGGUUUUUGGUGUUUGUUUUGUUUUGUUUUGUUUAUGAAACCAGGUGAGAGUUUCUCCAUAGAAAAGUAGGAAGUUAGAAGAACAUGGUUUUACUAUGUCAUAUGCAUACAUGGUUACUUUGUCUAUCAUUGUUAUAAUAAGCAAAAAAAUAUUCUGGGGAUGGAGAAUUUAAGGAAAUUAUUAUAGUGUUUUUAAAAAUCUAAAAAUAAAAUUAAGAGAAAGCAAUCACUCAUCAUUAAACAGAAAUUGAGACAAAUAGAUAGAGCCAUCUUAGUCAGACAGCUAAUCUGAAAAGCUACUUGGAGUAAUGUCACUUCAUUUCUGUUCCAUUUUUGGUUUAUUUCUUUGGUAUAGAGAACUUUUGUUGUGAGAUCUGUUAUUGUCUUGGAAACUAUGCCUGGGGCAUAAAGAUAGUAAGUGACUUCCUUAUAGUCAGACAGGUAGUGUGGGUCAGAAGUGAAACUUGAACACAUCUUCUUGACCCUUUCUCUGACACGGCAAGCUAGUAUAUAAGCAAAGUAGACAUUGAGUAUUUUACUUACUGAUGGGAAAGAAGGCAAGUAGAAAGAAGGAGCUUAGAAGUUUUUGUUGCUAUGAAAACAGUAGGAAAAACCCUGCUAAAUUUCUAAAAUGGACAGUUUUUUUAAAAAAGGGAUAUCAAGAAAAACCUACAUGUCAAUUUCAUGUCAUACUCAAGAGGAAUCCUUAAUUGCUUUAAAAGUACUAGUACAUUUAAGGCCCCUAUAACUGUAGGGUUGGUUCAAACUAAAGCUUAAAUGUAGACAAUACCCUAUAUUACAAUUCAGCAUUUGAAAAAAGAAAGAUAUAUUUCCCUCCAUGCAGGAUGCAGACUGGUAGCCUCCACCCAAGUACAUCAACCGCAGAUUGCUUUGACUUUUUGUUUUAUUUUAAUGGCCAUUUUGUGUCAUUUCAAAUGAAGAGAUAAUAAUAAAAUGUGUUUGGAGAGCACUGGGUAUGUUUUUCAAUCUGCAAAAUAUUGUAACUGGCUAAGCUAUAUGCGUAAUGGUAUUAGAGAAAACUAGGUCAGCCAAGUCUCGUGGUACACUGAGAUUAACUCAAUAAUAAUCCAUCUUCCUAGAAGAAAGCCGGCUGCCUGGAUGAUAACUGUUCUAUAGGGAUGUGUUUAUACAUCAGGUAAUCUGAGAAUUGUUUCACUCAUUUGAUCUGUACUGUGGAGGCAUUUUGUUCCCAGUGACUUAUUGCCGAUGAAGUUAUAGGUGGUGUUACAUAUAUACACUAUGUGAUUUACGGAUAACCACUAGGAAGUUUGCCCAGUCCCUUCUUGCGUUUGCACAUAAUAGGCAUUUUAUAAAGACUUGUGGAGAAAUGUUGAAUGAAAUAUCCAAAGAAUUUUUGUUUUUCUUUUAUAAGAUAAAACAAUUCAACUCUAUUCUGUACAAUUCUAUUUUAUUAAGCACCAGUUUAGAUGAAGCACUAUGUCAACAAUUUGGGGCAGGAUUGAGCAUGCAUAUUGGAGAAGAAAAUGAGAUUAGCAGUGUUUACUGAACAUACCUCAGGAACUCAUUUUUGUCCAAAGUUACUUUCUGUAUAUCUAUGAUGUUUCCUUUAUAAAAUUAUUAAUGGUCUCUCUCACCGAUACAUUUGUCCCAAGAUAUUGCUAGAAUCCUUUAAAUUCCAUAUAAUUUUCAUCUUGAAAUGGUGAUAUCAAAGUACAACCUCUUUAUUUUGUUUGUGAAUAUCUCUGAUUUAGAAAAGCUACAUCCUUUUAAAAAUAAUAAUAACAAUGACAGCAAUAAUCAUAAUAAUACCUAAGGGCACACUGUAUGGCACAUAAUAGGAGCUAAAUAAAUGCUUUGCCAUUAUAAUAAUAAUGUAAUAAUAAUUAGUGAUACCCCUGUUCUAUAUACAAUUUUUGUUCAUUCCCCCCGUUAAAAUGCAUGGACAUGAUGUUAAUUGUCUUUAUAUCCCUAGUACUUAGCAUAGUACUAUGACACAUAGUAAUAGAUUAAUGAAUAUUUAUUGGAUAAUUGAGUAUAUGAAUAAUAGCUUAUACUCAUGUAGCACUUCAAGGUUUGAAAAUUGAUUUAUGUACAUUUUUUCAUUUAAGCCUAACAAGAAUGACUUAAGUAUUUUUAUUAUCCCCAUUUUACAGAU